AUGACAGACGACAGGAAGAUCGAAGGAGCUGAAGACUUGAUCAGCAAUUUACCAGAUGUGAUCCUCCAACACAUACUCUGCUUUGUUCCGACCACCAAAGAUGCCAUCAGUACUUCCCUCUUGUCUAGACGAUGGAGGUAUGUAUGGUGCGAGGUACCUUCCCUAUCCUUAGAUGUCGGUACACUGACGACUGCAGCUUGGGUAAACGAAGCCCUAACUCGCUACACAGCUCCCAAGACAAAGAGUUUUCACCUCACAAUAAAAUACGUGAUGAAGAACAUACCAUACAUGGACACGUGGAUCAAGUUCGCCAUGUCACACAACGUUGAGAAUCUUUCCCUGAAUUUCCUUCAUUAUUAUGGAGGGUAUAAGCUUCUUGAUUUCUUCUACAACAGUUCGUCUGUCAAGCAACUCAACAUUAAGUUAAGCGGUUAUAACCAUACGAUUGUUCCUGCCGAGUGCACUGUGUCUUGGACAUCCUUGCGGAACUUAUCAUUGACUUGUUGUAGUCUCCCUGACGAAUCCAUGGCCAAGAUUCUAUCGGGUUGUCCGAUCCUUGAGAAUCUUUCCCUGAAUUUCCUUCGUCGACGUCAUCAUUAUGACUAUAAGCAGCUUCCUGAUUUCUUCUAUAACACUUCUUCUUUCAAACGACUCAACAUUACGUCAUGCUCUUCUUUAACCGAAGCUAGGCUGGAAAUUUCCUGUGUCUUAUUGAACUCUGACUUCAACGCUAAUUUUCUCCAAGUCGUGGUGUUAAAGAUGCUAGAUAAGUUAAAGAACGCAGAGAAGCUUAAGCUUGGGAGAACCUUUAUUCAGAUUUUAUCUCUUGCUGAGAUUCGUGGUGUUCCUUUCCAGAUGCUCAAGGUCAAAGCAUUGACUCUUGAUACAAAGAUCUGUCAGUAUGUUAUUCCUGGCAUACAAAGACUGUUACAAAACUCACCUGAUUUAGAGAAGCUAGUAGUAGGUGGAAGGGCUCGCUUCCGCAUGCCACCGGUGGAGUUUCUUGACAAAUACUUGAAAUUACAAGGCUUUAACGUGAACAAAUGCUCUUGGAACGAAGAGCACUGCGUGGAUGCAAAAUUAGAGCAUGCGGCUUCAUUAGUGGAACUUUUGCUUAUAAACUGUACAGAGAAAUUAGAUAAGAUUGUCCUACUGUUGGAUGAACGUUACCUUAAGUUUAAAACUGAAGACCUGACUGCAACACUUUCUCACAACAACAAUGUCACCAUUGUGCUGAUCUCUUCCACCAACAAGCCAAGCCGAAGACAUCAGAGGAUUGGUGAAUCAUAG